AUGUCACAAAAAGAUUUUUCUUCUACUAAUAACUCAUUAGAAAUUAAUAAUACUGAACGACGUUAUUGUAUAUGUCAAAAAAGUGAAGAUGAAUUAAAUGAACAAGAUAAUGAAGAUGAUUUUAUGAUUGAAUGUGAUGGUUGUAAUGGUUGGUUUCAUGGACGAUGUGUAUCAUUAGCUGAUCGAAUUGCUGAUGAUAUUGAAAAAUAUUUUUGUAUGGAAUGUUCAAAACAACAUGGACCUUCAAUAUUUAAACCACAACAAAAUCAACAUAGACGAGAUUUUAGUGAUUCGAAUGCUGAGCUUAAACCCGUGCAAAGUGGCACAAAAGUUUUUAUAAAUAAAUUAAAACAAAAAACAUUUUUAGAUUGUGAGCCAGUAAUUAUACGAAUAAAAGGUGAUCAAUUAACAAGUGAAUAUUUAUUUAAAACUGGUUUUACAAAACCAAUAUUAAUAUCAAAUCGUGAUGGUCUUGAAUUAACAUUACCAAAUAGAAUGAUAACAUUAGAAGAAAUUAAUAAACUUAUUGGUCAUGAUCAAUAUAUUGAUAUAAUUGACUGUGAAAAACAAGUGAUUUAUAAAAUGAGUUUUAAUGAUUAUGUUGAAUAUUUUGAAAAUUAUGAUCGAAAUAAAAUUUAUAAUGUUUUAAGUCUUGAAGUUUCGAAUACAAAAUUGGGUGAAUUCAUUAUUAUACCAAAAAUAGUUCGAGAUUUAUCUUGGGCUACUACUGGUAUUUGGCCAAACAAGAAAACGGAUGAGAAAUUUGAAGACGACGUUGAAACAAAUGAAACAAAUGAAUUAAAAAACAAUCAAGCAUGGCCAUUACAAUUACCUCUAUCAAAAACGAAACGUCGAACAGUUUCAUCGACGACUGAUACGGAUCAAAGUGAUGAAGAUGAAGAUUUAAAUUCAAAUCAUUUUGAAAACUUUGCACGCCCAGAAGUAGCAAAAUACUGUUUAAUCAGUCCACAAUCAUCUUAUACAGAUUUUCAUAUUGAUUUUGGUGGUUCAAGUGUUUGGUAUUCAAUUGUGAGGGGUGAAAAAAUCUUUUAUUUAAUUGAACCAACUGAUGAAAAUUUACAAAAAUAUGCUGAUUGGUCUAAAUCACCAAAUGAAUCGGAAACAUUUUUAGGUGACUGUGUUUCACAUUGUUAUAAAAUGCAUAUACGUGAAGGAAAUACUAUUUUGCUACCACCCGGAUGGAUUCAUGCCGUUUACACAGUGACAGAUUCGCUUGUAUUUGGUGGUAAUUUUCUUCAAUCUAUGGGUGUUGAUAUGCAACUUCGCAUCUACGAAUUGGAAUGUCUUGCUAAAGUUCCACAAAAAUUUAAAUAUCCGUUAUUUGAAACAUUUCAUUGGUAUGCUGCGAAAAAUUUCUACGAAAAAUUAAGAGAAUGUAAUGAUUUAAAUUCAUCUGCAAUUAAUCAUAUAAUACAACAAGCAUCGGAAUCAAUUCUUUAUCAUAUGAAUCGAUGGUUAACAAUGGAUAAACGAUAUCAAAUACGAAAUCGAUAUAUAAUACCGAAAGGUAUUAAUUGUGAAAAACUUUUACGUGAUCUUUCACGUGAACUUGAUAAAGUUAAAACACGUUGUGGAUUAUCAUGUUAUUCUAAAUUACCUUCAAAAACUACUAUAACAAAUUCAAAUAAAAUUGAACUUCUACUUGAUAAUAAGAGAGAAUUAGUUCAAAUCGGUGAAAAUAAGAUUAAAAUUAAAUGUCGUCGUUUAUCAUCUAGUUCAGAAAGAAGUAAAAAUAAAGAAACAAUAGUUGGUCAUGAAGUUAAAUUAACUGUAAAAUCAACAGUAGAUGAAGAUGGAAAAGGAAGUAAUAAUACAAAUUUAUUACGAACAAUACAAAAGAAAAAAGUUGGACGACCAUUAUCAUCAGUUAAACAAAAGAAAAAACCGUUUAUGGAUGACAUUGAAGCAACAAAUGAUACAAAUAUUUCUUCAAUAUCCGGCAAAUCACCUGCAGAUAAUAUUGAAAGUCGUGAUAAUAAUUCAGGACUAUUCAAUAUAACUGGUGGUAGUCUUGUGCCAUUCGUUAAAAGGUCUAUUAUUGAUAAGACUUAUGAUAAAAACAUUGAAAUAAAACAAGAAAAUCGAUAUUCGAAACAGAAAAUUUCAUCAUUAAAAAAAUCCAAUUCUAAAUCAUCUGAUAUAGAUCAAGUAAAGAUAAGAAAAAAAAUUAAAAUUGAACGAAAAAAAACGACUGAAGAACUAAAGGUAUCUGAAAUAUUCCCGCCAACUAUAUCAAAAUCUUCAUUAUCAAGAAAAAAACGUUUAUUAUCAUCUUCAUCAUCACCAAAGAAAAUUCGUUCGAAAGAUCGUCUAGGAAAAAUUCUUCAAAUAGCCAAUAAUAUCAAAUCAAAAGGUGGAAUUUCGACAUGA